AUGUCAUCUCAUUUUACUCUAUUAGCGUGCCUCGCCGUGCUGUUUACCAGCUCAUGCCUAGCCGGCGCCGAUGCUGUCCCGCCGGCGACAUUCGUCUUCGGUGACUCGCUCGUCGACGCCGGCAACAACAACUACCUCGUCACCUUGUCCCGGGCCAACUAUCCCCCCAACGGCAUCGAUUUCGACGGCCACCUGGCGACCGGCCGGUACACCAAUGGCCGGACCAUCAUCGACAUAUUAGGGCAAGAGCUGGGGCUAGGAGGGUUUGUGCCGCCGUACAUGGACCCAAACACCACCGGCGACGUCCUGUUCAGAGGCGUGAACUACGCAUCCGGGGGCGGAGGCAUCCUGAACCAGACCGGCAGCAUCUUCGGUGGGCGUAUAAACCUGGACGCGCAGAUCGACGACUACGCGAGCAACCGGCGCGACAUGAUCACGCGGCAGGGGGAGGUGGCGGCGGUGAGUGUGCUGAGGGGCGCGCUCUUCUCGGUCACGAUGGGCUCCAACGACUUCAUCAACAACUACCUGGUGCCCAUUCUGUCCGCGCCGGAGCGCGCCGUGACGCCGCCGGAGGCCUUCAUCAACGGCAUGAUCGCCAAGUACCGGCAGCAGCUCAUAAGGCUGUACCUUCUGGAUGCCCGCAAGAUCGUGGUGGUGAACGUCGGGCCCAUCGGCUGCAUCCCGUACCUGAGGGACAUCAUGACCACCGGGGCCGGCGCCGGCGCCGGCACGCCGUGCGCCGAGCUCCCGAACCAGCUCGCCCAGUCUUUCAACCGCAAGCUGCGUGUGCUGGUGAGCGAGCUGGGCGCCAGCCUCGGCGGCUCCCGCUUCCUCUACGCCGACGUCUACCGCAUCUUCUCCGACAUCAUCGCCAACUACAAAUCUCAUGGGUUCGAGGUGAUGGACUCGGCGUGCUGCUAUGUAGGCGGGCGGUUCGGGGGGCUGGUUCCGUGCGGGCCGACGGCGCGAUACUGCGCGGACAGGUCCAAGUACGUGUUCUGGGACGCCUACCACCCCAGCGACGCCACCAACGCGCUCAUAGCUCGCCGGAUCCUCGACGGCGACCCGGAGGAUAUCUCCCCUGUAAACGUGCGCCAGCUCAUCACGGAUGCUUAA